CUGUUGAAUUAUAUUUUUCUAAAUUAGUAAUAUAAUGAUAAUAUUAUAUAUAUCUUUAAAUCUAAUAAAAUUGGUAUUGUAACUGGUAACUGAAUAGUAUUAAGGAAAUUUUAAUUAAAAAUACAUCUACAUCAUGGCAAGUAUCAAGGAAUUACCAGAAUUAGAAGUCUUUAAAACAGUAUUAUUCCACUGUAUGGUGAUAAUAGCCUUACCUGUAUUUUCAUUUUUUGCUAGCAAGAUUUUUAUUUUUGAUGGAUUAUUGGGGCUCGAUCAAGUGCCAAGCAACGUGUAUUCAGCUGGAGUUGCAAUCCUUGUCUUACACGUAGCUUUGGGCGCUUUUAUAUAUCGCGCAUACUUCGAUGAUCAAUCGAAGACACAGACGAAACGAGAUUAAUCACUUUUUUUUUUUUUUUGUAUUUGAAACACAUAUGUGAUUAA